AUGGCAACUUGGUGCAAAAUGCAGCUGGUUAGGAUUUCAAAAACUAUGCCUCAGCUAGGGGAGACAGAUAUCAGCUUUAUUUAUUCAAAGAGUAUCAUGCAUCCAUCCAUCCUAAAUCUGAUUGAAUGUUUGAAAUCGUUGGUACGUGUUAAGUCUCAUCACAGGGGUCUUGUUUUAUCAAUUGGGUCAUCUGCCACAGCGAUCUUCGCCAUUCUCCUCUAUUUGUCAUAUACAUUUGCUCCUUCUUGCUCUGGCUGGCUGGUCAUUGGUGUUUGUUGCAAAUGCUCAAACCAUCUUGAGCUUUCGCCUUUUCUUAUCUUUAAGGGCGCUUAUUUUACUGCUUUUACUUCUAUUGAUGAUGGUGUGCACAAGACUAAUAUAGCAAGCUUUGUCUUGUGA